AUGUUUUCAAAAUUUCUGAAGCCCGCCAUACAGGCGCGUCUGGGCGCUGCGAUGUUGCAGCGGAGGAAGAAUAUGCCACAGCUGAUGCUGAUUCGACCAGCUGGAGAGAUGCUACCACCAACGCAGUACGACGAUCCGAUACCGAAGAGGUUGCAACUAAGUUACGUUCUACGGGUCUACUGGGAGAUCAUACCCUUGUUCGCUGUGACCAUGCUCUCGCUGGGAAUCAUGGUGUUCUCUAUUUACUGGUCCUGUAAGAAUAAGGUGGACGUGGUGUUCACGACGCGCAGCCGCGACUGCAUAUCCCGCACGAUGGACCUCAGGCAGCCGACCGUGCACAAGUUGUUCACAAUCAAACAGCGAUACGAGCCCUGGCCGGAGAUGCAGGCGGUCCUGGAGAAGAUGGUGGCGGCGGAGAGGCGCGCCUUGUCGCGCCUGCAAUCCUGCGGACACUCU